CGGCCAGUGCCUCUGCUUCCGGCUCGAAUUGUUUUCCUAACACCCGCCUUCAACAUGUCCGAGACUGCGCCCGCUGCGCCUGCUGCACCGGCCCCUGCCGAGAAGACGCCGGUGAAAAAGAAGGCUCGUAAGGCUGCAGGUGCCGCAAAGCGUAAAGCGUCCGGGCCCCCAGUGUCCGAGCUCAUCACCAAGGCUGUCGCCGCCUCUAAGGAGCGCAGCGGCGUGUCUCUGGCUGCGCUCAAGAAGGCGCUGGCGGCCGCGGGCUACGAUGUGGAAAAGAAUAAUAGUCGCAUCAAGCUGGGUCUCAAGAGCCUGGUGAGCAAGGGCACUUUGGUACAGACCAAGGGCACCGGCGCCUCGGGUUCUUUCAAGCUCAACAGGAAGGCGGCCCCCGGGGAGGCUAAGCCCAAGGCCAAGAAGGCGGGCGCGGCCAAGCCCAAGAAGCCCGCAGGAGGGGCUAAGAAGUCCAAGAAGGCGACAGGGGCGGCCACCCCCAAGAAGAGCGCCAAGAAGACCCCAAAGAAGGCGAAGAAGCCUGCCGCGGCUGCAGGAGCCAAAAAAGCAAAGAGUCCGAAAAAAGCGAAAGCAGCCAAGGCGAAGAAGGCGCCCAAGAGCCCAGCGAAAGCUAAGGCGGUGAAACCCAAGGCGGCUAAACCAAAGACCGCCAAACCUAAGGCAGCCAAGCCAAAAAAGGCGGCAGCCAAGAAGAAAUAGGAAGUUCCUUUGGCCUAAGGCUUACAAGCUCUACACAACCCAAAGGCUCUUUUCAGAGCCACCCAAAGAUAUCAGGAGAAGAGCUGUUGGCACCUUUUAAGGGGGCGUGGCUAGGAGAAAAAUGCCGCAAGUGAGGGGCGGCCCUCCCCGGGGUGGGUCUAUGAUGGCCUCGGCUGUAGUACAACGUGACAAUCCCUUUAGGGA